CGGGUCUCCGAGAGCAGCCAAGCGCAGGCGCAGGCGAGGGGCUCCUACCCGAGGCCCGCCGCUGGGUUCCAAGCCGUGGGGGGCUGUCCGCGGGAAUGCAGGCCACCAUCAGAGGAUGAAAUAUUCCUGUCAUUUGUUAGCCAUUUGAUAAAGGUAGAGAAUUAAAACACACACUAUGUCCGAUGAAGUUUUUAGUACAACUUUGGCAUAUACAAAGAGUCCAAAAGUCACCAAAAGAACUACUUUCCAGGAUGAGCUAAUAAAAGCAAUUACAGCUCGCUCAGCUAGACAAAGGAGUUCUGAAUACUCAGAUGACUUUGACAGUGAUGAGAUUGUUUCCUUAGGUGAUUUUUCUGACACUUCAGUAGAUGAAAAUUCAGUUAAGGAAAAAAUGAAUGAUUUUCAUAUAUCUGAUGAUGAAGAAAAGAAUUCUCCAAAACUGUCUUUUUUGAAAACCAAGAACUCAAACAAUGAAGUGAAGAAAAAUGAGCUUGUAGUCACCGUCAAAAAUGAUGAGGAGCUGGUACCCGAUGGUAGUGAAGACUUGGUAGUGAAUCGCUUAUCUGAAUCUCAAAGUAAGCCACAGAAACCUGAAAGAGAGAACAUUAAAAUGGAAACUAAACCCAGAAUUCUUCCAAUCAAAAGCGCAUCUCCAGAAAACAACAGCAGCCUUGAAGCAGACAAGCACUUUAAGCCUUCACCUCGGCCAAGGAGCAUGUUGAAAAAGCACAGCCACAGGGAGGAGAAAGAUGGGCUGGGAGAAGAUAGAGAAACCACCCUCCGUGAAGAAUUAGACGCACAUUCUGUACCUGCGUCCCUCCCACAGCUGAAUGGCGGACAGCCGGAAGCUGAGAAACAUGCCGUCUCUGAAAACCUUGAUCCUGAGGAUCCAUGGUUAACAAGUCUAUCAUCAUCAUCCCUUAAAGAAAGUCUUGGAGACUCCUUUGCACCAGAAUCUGGGGAAAAAGCAUCCACUACUGACUUUGUCACUAGUGCACUUGAGGAACCCAAGGAAAGUCGAGUGAUUACUGAUGACCCUGAAGAAGAAAAGGAGAAAGCUGAACCGAUUACGAAUGAUGACGUAACAGUUGACAAUCCACCACUGUUGCUACCUCAGGGGAUCUUAUGCACUGAGUCUGCAAAGAACACAAUUCAAGAUAGAAAUACGAAGAAUAAGAAGUCAGCAAAUAACAGAGCAUCCAGUGCAUCUGGCAGAUUAAUGACCUCUGAGUUCUUAAAGAAAUCUAGUUCUCUAAGGAGAACUCCGUCAACAGUUCCCACUUCUCACUAUUUAGGGACUUUGAGAGUCUUGGACCAAAAGCCCUCACAGAAACAGAAUGCAGAGCCUGACGGAGCAGAUAACAUAAGGGCAGCUGUUUAUCAGGAGUGGUUAGAAAAGAAAAAUGUGUAUUUACAUGAAAUGCACAGAAUUAAAAGAAUUGAAAGUGAAAACUUAAGGAUUCAAAAUGAACAGAAAAGAGCUGCUAAAAAAGAAGAAGCAUUAGCAUCAUUUGAGGCCUGGAAAGCCAUGAAAGAAAAGGAAGCAAAGAAGAUGGCUGCAAAAAAGAGGCUUGAGGAAAAAAACAAGAAGAAAACCGAGGAAGAAAAUGCUGUGAGAAAAGGAGAAGCACUUCAAGCUUUUGAAAAAUGGAAAGAGAAAAAGAUGGAAUAUCUUAAAGAGAAAAAUAAGAAAGAGAAAGAAUAUGAAAGAGCCAAGAAACGGAAAGAGGAGGAAACUGUUGCUGAGAAAAGGAAAGAUAAUUUGACUGCUGUUGAAAAAUGGAAUGAAAAAAAGGAAGCUUUUUUCAAGGAAAAGGAAAAAGAGAAAAUAAAUGAGAAAAGAAAAGAAGAACUGAAAAGAGCUGAGAAAAAAGAUAAAGAUAUACAAGCUCUUGAUGAAUAUGAAAAAUGGCUGGAAAAGAAAGAGAGGCAGGAAAGAAUUGAACGAAAACAAAAGAAACGUCAUUCCUUUCUUGAAAAUGAGGCCCUUCCUCCAUGGAGCCCUCCAAGCAGAACUGUGUUCUCCAAAGUGUUUUGAUAAUUCUUACUCUCGCAUUAUUUAGUUACUUAUCAGUUCACCAAUUUUAGCCAAACUAAAUUUAAAGCUAUUCAUUCAGUUAUUUAUAGUGAGAAGAGUCUAUUUUAAUUAGAUGCUGGUUAUUUCUGCUGACAGUGAAAAGAUGCUUUGGAGUUUAAUCAGUGAAAGGAAAGCAUUGAAAGCAUUUUUUGAACUGUAGAUAAACUGCCUCAAAUGAAAACCUAAUAAUCAGAUUGCUUUUACCAUUCAGAUACAUAGCCCUUUAUCAUGUCCUGAUAAUUCUUAUAGUCUGAUGAACCAUGAUCACUUUUUACUAACCUGUGCAUGUUGUUUAAGUAUGUUUAUUCCCCAAUAUAAAAAGAAAACCAUCUAGGUACCAUAAUCACAAAAAUUGAAUUUGUGAAUGAUUGUGCAUUUAGAUUCACAUUUUAAAAUGAAUUGUCCCUGAGGAGUAUGCAUAUAUUAUUCCUUUUAAAACUAAUCUUUAGCUCAAAGCAGUUGUAUUAUACUGUGUAAGUUAGAAUUUUGGUCAGUUGAGUUCAGUAGAACACCAAUCAUCAAGGCAUUUUAUUUAAGAAUGUUCCCUUAUGUUUUAGUAUCUUUAUCUGUUCCUUCUUAAGUGACAAUCAUAGGCACUUUAUAAUGAGCGGACCUCUGAAACAUGUCUUUCUAAAUUCUGUUUUAUUUAUUAUUUCAUUGAUAUCAAAAGAUAUCCAUUUCAUGGUAGUGAUGUACAUUAGUUAUAGAAAUUCCACAAGAAUCCAAGGUCUUUAUCACUAUUAUUAUUUUCCAGACUAAAGCCAUAAAGAUGAUAGAGGCAGUUUUUGUCCUCUUAAUUAACCCAGAGUCUUAUAGCUUAUAUUUGAAGACAGCUAUGCGGGAAGGUAAUUUGUAGAAAAUGUCCAAAGAAUCUAUAUUUGGUCUCUGCAUAUCCUUACGUUAAUCAGACUCACACUGGAACUGGUCAGCUAGUUUAUCACACACCAAAUGAAUACUCCCAGAGUUGAAAUGCUGCUUUAGCCAAUGAUGCAGUACAGUGUUAGAUGAGGAUAAACAGUUACUAUUUAUCAAGCAGCUGUUGUAUCCUCUCUGCUGAAUCUUUGCAAAUGUUAUUUUCAUCUUUACAACAAUUAUUCAGAGUAGGUGUUAUUAGCCUCAUUUGGCAGAUAAAAGUACUGAGACUCAGAGAAAUCAAAGAACUUACCACGCAUUGAGCACGUGAUUGAGCUGGGAUUAGAGCUGCUGAAAUCUCUCUACCUCUGGAAUCCGGAUGCUCGUGUUCAUGCUCUUUGUUAAGUUCUGUUAAGACCUCUGUAUUAUAUUAACCUUAUAGACACGUUUUACCUCUCAGAUCCUUGAAUCAUGAAUUGUUACCCAGAGAUUAUCUUCCCCUUAAGAAACAGGCUGUUUGUUAUUAGAGACAGUGAACCUCAUUAGAUCUAUAAAAGGAAAAAAAGAAUUCAUAAUAUUUAAGGAAUUAGUCAAAUGCCUGUAUCUAGUACUAGAAUGUCAGAACUCCCAGCGGGUAUGAAACUUAGGCUUUGCGAUAGUCACUCAGGAGUUUUCACACUGAGCAUUAGUCUUCUUGCUGCAGUGUACGUGCAAGACACGAUAGAUGUCGUGGAUCACUUUGUAAGAUCCCAUCAGUGCUACAGAUAGAUUUUUAAAAUUUCAUAAGUGAAACUAGAAGCCUUUUAUACUGCAGGAACUGGGUGAAUAUGUCGUGAAAUUGAAAUAAUUACCAGCAAUAUGUGUUAUCAGCGUGGGAUUUAAAAAGCCUCUCUUAUUCAUCCGUGUGUCCUCCAUAGUACCAAACACAAUGCCUACCAGAACAGAUUGCUAAGUGUUUAUUGUAUUAAAUUAACUAUUCAGAGCUUAAAAGGUAUUUUUGAAUUCCAGGGAAGUAGAAGGAAACAUAGAAAAAAGCACAGCUACUUUUAGGGGUGUGAGAUCUUAAGUGUGUGCGUCGUAGAUUUCACAUUGUAUAUUUACUUAAAUGUCUUGAUUAUUUUCUUCUAAUUUAUCAUGUUUAGUGGAUUAACUGUUACCACUUCUUAGUUGUGGGAACUGAAUGAAGCUGGUUAAUUAAUGUAAAGCAUAUGGCACAUAAUAAAAGGCUUAAUAAAUGUU